AGCCGACAUCUUUUCGUAUCUCUUUCGAAACUCUCUUUAUUCAAGUGUUUCGCUUCGCGUAGGCAACACGGGUGACAAGAAACAAUUGUCUGAAUAUAAUUGACUUGCAAGUGAUUAUAAAUUAUUCUAUUAACAAAUUUUAUUCAAUUUUCACGUGUACAUUGAUUAUGGCUGCUAAUAAGCGUCAUUAAUUAAAAUUUUGUUUUCUGUGAGUGAAUUAAAUUGCUAUCUUUAUUGUAACAAUAAAAAGAAGAUGUUAUCAAGUCGAGACGUGAGCCGAUCAGCAAGAAUCCCAAAGUGCGCAAGAUGUCGCAAUCACGGAAUGAUUUCCACCCUUCGAGGUCACAAGAAACAAUGCGUCUACAAGAACUGCUCUUGUGCAAAAUGUGGAUUGAUUAAAGAACGUCAACGCAUCAUGGCAGCUCAGGUGGCGUUGAAAAGACAACAAGCUGCUGAAGAUGCAAUUGCACUUCAUUUAGCAGCGGCUGAAAGCGGAACUACUUACGAAUAUCUUCCGCCUGGACGUAUUUACGGUAUGCAAGUGACGUCACCGGAAGUAGAAGCGGAUGCUGAUGGCGUCGAUGUCACUGUUGAUUCGAGCGCUACCGAAAUGGCCGCCUAUUCUCCACCGCAAGCAAAAAAUCAAGAUCAGUCAGAGGAACCUUCAACCUCAGGCGAAAUCAGCGUUACUCCUGCAUCUAUUGAAAUGCUAACAAAAUUAUUUCCAAAUAAAAAGCGUUCAGUGCUUGAGCUUGUCCUGAAACGUUGCAAUCACGAUUUACUCAAAGCUAUCGAACAUUUCAACAUUAACAAAAAAGACAUAGAAGUUGAAAUUGAUAUGGAGACUAUUCACACUAGCAACAGACAAAAAUCUAGUGGGAUUAUAAAACCCUCUUCAAAUGUUGAUGUUUCUCGGUCAUCAGAUUCAACAUCGCCAAUUUUUAAAGAUGGCGGUUUGUUUAAAGAAUCUGCAUUUAAGCCAGUCGUGCAACAGACGCAAUUUAAGUCGAGUUUAAAAGGGUUGCAUCCAAGUCCGAUUUCUUUGAUGGCCGGAAGUAAGGUGUUUAUGCACAGCUUGUAUCCGUUUCUGCCAUUGUUUAAUUCGCAGCCGACUAUGCUGCCCAGUCCAGUUUAUGUUCCAGGAUUUUGUGAGUGCGAACAGUGUAAACACAACUUAUACAGGGUUGAACCAAGAUUAUAA